GUUUCUGCUCUUCUUUUCUCCCUUGCAGCUCUCGAAAUCCCCCCUCCAAGCCGCCAACACCAGCUUUGAAAAAUUGGUGAGAAAGCUUGGAAUUUCUCCUUCUUUCUUGUCCAAGAACCUAAUUUGGAACCCAGAAAUCUUUCCCCCUUGCUGGAAAUUCCAGAUCUACCUUGCUCUGCUUGUCUUCACCGCCGGCUGCUAUGUGGGUGGGUGAUUUCUGGGCAUUUUUCAAUCCGUGAGUUUCUCGCCUGCACUUGCCGCCGGCUUCUCCCCUUGCCAAGUCCAGUUCUGCAACUGGAAAAUUUAUGGUAGAUUGGCUUCUCUAAUUCUCGAAAAUUGGUUGAUUAGUGGCUGCUUUGUGAUGUCUGAAUUUGGCUAGAAAAUGGGGAUGAAAUUGAUAGUAAUUAGACCAUGAUUUAGCUUGAUUCAAGUGGAAUUUAUAUGAUUGAGUGUUAAUGGACUGCUAUGUGAUUUUGGAGAAAAUCCCGUGAGAUUAGCUAGUGUUUUGGCCAAUUUGUGGGAGUGGAGUUACUGUUCACGUCGGGGUACUGUUCACGGUACUGUUCACCGAAACUGUUCGCACCCCGAGGGCCAACAUUUAACGGGAAUUUAAAUGAUUAGUUUGUGAUAUGAGAACGAAUUUGGAGAUAUUUGAUCAUGUGGAAAGUGAUAGAAAUAGCAUUGUGAUUAGGAAUGAUCCUAAUGAUGAUUUCAGCUUGAAUUUGUGAUAGUCUUGUAUUAAUUCUGAGGUGUUUUGAUUAGGUUCCCGAUCAUUCUGUCAGUUAGUGCAUGAAUUGAGUGCUCAGUUUUAUGCAAGUGCGUGAAAUGUUUUAUACUUUUCACUAAAUUGAGCAUGCCUACUUGAAAGUGAUUGUGAAUUGUGAUUUUCCUGUUAACUUCUGCCUGUUUUGUCUCCGAUGUGGUCAUGUUAUUCGUGACCCUACUAGUGGGGGAGGUUAUAAACGCUAGCACAUGUCAACAUGUAGUGAUAGAGCCGGUUCAUUCAACCCAGCUAGUGGGGGUUAUACACCAGCAAAUCGUGGCCCUGCUAGUGGGGAUUAUACACUGGCCGUGACCUAUAGAGGAAACGUCUAUUUCGUUCCUGUACUGUAUCCGAUUUGCGUGAUUGCACAUGUUGGCAUGCUAUAAGUUUAAUAAUGGGCACUCCAUAUUUACUUACUGAGUUUAUCUCAUAGUUUUUCCUUGUCCACCAUUUCAGGAAGUGAAACCGAGGACAGGGAAACCACGGGAAGUGACGAGUUAGAAGGCUAGCUAUUUCGAGAUUGAUUUAGAUUCUAGAGAUCCUGAUCUUGUAAGCUAGAGUGUAUUUGGAGAUUUAUGAUAUCAAAGAGAUUUUAAAAAUUUGAUCUUCAGAUUUUGAUGGUAUCAGAGUGUGAUAUGAUAAGUUCUGAGCAUUGUGCAUUUGUGGAACCCGUCUCACGAGUGCACGGCGUUUGUCGCGUCUCGAAAUUGGGUUUUGGGGCGUGACACUUCUUUCUCUAGAAUUAAGCCAGCUCCAGGACUACAGCCGACUCUUCUACAGUUUUUUAAAGCCUCGGGUUUCUCUCUCCUCGAACAAACCAGCCCAAAUUUGUUUUAUUUCCUCACCCAAACCCGCGACUCUCUUCUCCCAAAACUCGCCAUUCACUCUCCCAAACACCGAAAUCCCUCCAAAUCUCCAAACCCCAUCCCUUAAACACUCAAAUACCAUCAAAUCCUUGCCUACCCAACACAAAACCUCAAGCUUUUCACUCCAAUUUGUGUAGGAUCUACUCUAUUUUUGGUGUGGCUGCCGUGUUUUCUCUCUCAUGGCUUCAAGAAGGGCUGGAAGUAAAAGGAAACAAGUGGGUAGUUCUAGCACCGGUGGUCAAGCUCAAGAAGAAGGUAACAUCUCCCAAUCAAAUCUCUUUUUGGAUACCCAAGCUUCUGCAAAGUAUGAAAUUAUUAAGAAUAUAGCUGUUUUAUCUUGCAAUUGUAUAAAAUUCAGUCAAUUUCCUCAAGGAGAUAUGCGUGAUAUUGGCAUGACUUUUGGUAUUGAUUGUCUAUGAUUUUGAUGAUUAUAUUCUCUUAUUGAAAGGGAGUUUAUUGGUUGAUGAUUGUAUUCAUGACUUUGGUUGUCUAUGGUGCUAUAUUGAUGAUGAUUAUAUUCAUUACAUAUUCUUGAUGCUUUAAAGGUUGAUAGCAUGAAUUAAGGGGGAGUUUAUUGCCUAUGUUUAUAUACUUUUUGAUGAAUGACAAAAAGGGGGAGAAAGUAUGCUGAAUUCUUAUAAUUUUCUGGAAAGUCUUAAUGUCUUGAUGUCAAUUUCUUGGUGCUGAAAUUUUGAAGUUAAUAUUGAAGUAUAUAUGCUUUCAUGAUCAAAGUGUUUUGUCAUCAUCAAAAAGGGGGAGAUUGUUGUACCUAUGAUUUUGAUGAUUACAAAACACAUUUGAGUGACUAAUUGAUUUAUUUAA